UCAAAGGCUAGGGAUCAAAAUGUCUGCCAAUUGCCGUGUCCAAAGGGAGACCCAGAUGGAUUACCAAUCUUGACACUCUUCGACUUCCGCCCAAAACCUCGAGUCUUUGUUGCGACUUGGGAAGUCGUCCUGCGCAUCACGCUUCGUGAUUAAAGCUCGGUGCUCUCUGCCUGAUCAUCACCUACGGACGACAACAUGGAUAACGACACUGAUGCAGCCUUUAUCGGCGAAGCCGAAAUCAACUCGAAGAAUGUCAACAUGUCCAGGUCACGACCAAUGAGCACUCACUCCGGUGAAGAGAACACGACCAUAGCAAGAGGAGGCGUUGACACAGAUCUGCCUGCCGGUGAGCAGGACCCGCUGCUCCAACCUCAAGGGCGUGAAAGAAGAGCCAGUGAUGCCGGCUCUGGCCACGAGUGGGCUGGAGUCAAGGACUUCGACCAUCUUCCGUGGUACCGUAGACCUUCGAUAUAUUUCGUGCUGGCGCCUUUCUUCGUCAUGACUCUGGCAUUUGGCGCCAUCAUAUCACCAAGAAUCAACUUGAUUCUCAACCUCGUCUGUCGCGAAUACAUGUCUGAGCAGCAGACCAAGAACCCCAGCCAUUCUUUUCUGCCUAUCCUGUUUGACGGCGAGAACCCUCAGUGCCGAUCUCCAGAAGUGCAAGCCAGAGUGGCACAAUUCACCUUGUAUGGAAACCUUAUAGCCGGUCUGCUCUCGGCCAUAACUAGCCCCAAGCUGGGUGCUCUUUCAGAUCGCUUCGGACGUACCAAGAUUCUUGCCUUGACGAGUAUGGGCAUCAUUGCAGGAGACGCUCUGAUUAUCAUGGCUGCCACCAAGCCCGAAACGUUCCCCGUCAACUGGAUCCUGGUCGGCUACGCUCUCGAUGGCCUCUCUGGUUCAUUCAUUGCUGCCAUGGCCAUUGCAAACGCAUAUGCCACCGAUUGCACCCCUCCCGCGCGGCGCAACAUCUCCUUUGGUUAUCUCCACGGUUGCCUUUUCACUGGUAUUGCUCUGGGCCCAAUUCUAGGCGGAUUGAUAGUCAAAGCCACUGGAAAGAUUCUUUCUAUCUUCUAUGCUUCACUUGCUGUGCACGCUGCUUUCAUCCUAUUCAUCGCCUUCUGCGUUCCUGAAUCACUCUCCAAGCGGCGCCAGGAAGCCGCUCAGGAAAAACAUCAGGAAGACAAAGCUCAACGGGGCUCCUCGGACUGGAUCGACCGAGUCCGAGCCGUCAACAUCCUUGAGCCACUCAAGAUUCUGUGGCCGACCGGCGAGGGUUCUUCUCCAGCGCUGAGACGUAAUCUUGUACUCUUAGCUGCUGUCGACACCAUUUUGUUCGGCGUCGCAAUGGGAAGUAUGACCAUCAUCGUAAUUUACGCCCGCUACCAGUUCAACUGGGAAUCAUUUGAGUCAGGCGUUUUCCUAUCUAUCGUCAACACCUGCCGAGUCUUGUGCCUCAUCGUCGUCCUUCCGCUUGUGACCCGCUAUGUCCGUGGCAAAGCAGGCACAGCUAAACAACGUAGUUCAGGCAGUGAUACGUUCGAUCUCGUCGUCGUCCGCGUCGCCGUCUUCUUUGACACCUUGGGCUAUCUCGGCUACACUCUUGCUCGUACCGGUCCGUUGAUGAUUCUUUCCGGCAGCAUAGCAAGCAUCGGAGGGAUUGGCUCGCCCACUCUGCAAUCAGCCCUGACUAAACAUGUACCGCACGAGAAGACCGGUCAGCUGCUUGGUGCCUCUGGUCUUUUGCAUGCGUUGGCUAGAGUCAUUGCUCCUACCAUAUUCAACGCCAUCUACUCUGCGACUGUGGGAAACUUCACACAGACUGUGUUUGUCUGCUUGACUGCUACGUUCGGUCUUGCGUUCAUACUGUCCUUCUUCAUUCAACCUCACGUGUAUCUUGAGAAAAAAACAUUCACAACCUCAGACGAAGAAUCAUGACAUCCCGUGUAAGAACGACAAUCUCAAGGCAACAAUCCUUUGUAGAGCAAUGAUGUUGUUUUAUUUGAUUCGGCCGCAGAGCGGCCGCUAUAUACACGGAGGAGGUUCUUCGCCAACCCAGGAGCCCCUUUGGGGGAUUUGAACCCCCAAUACUUGACACUCCUCCGCAACGGUCAAGGCAACAAUCCUUUGUACAUAAUGUUUGUGUCUCCAUAUGUAAUUACCUUCCCUAAAAUCUAUCACUUCUAUCAAAUCCC